AUGUCCUCCCUGCCUGGCACCAAGUACUUGCUGCUGGUACUGGGGCUCCUGGUGACCACCCUGGUCCUGUCCAGCCGCGAUGAGCCCGGAGCCGCGGUGCGCCUGGUGUCGCAGCGCAUCAAGCCCGCCCGGCUGGCCGGCGACGGCCCGGGGCUGGCCGUGUCGCGGCUUGCCGGGGCCCCCCUUGCGGCCGGGCUGGACCGGGGCCUGGCUCCGGAAUUGGCGCCCCUGCGCGGGUGCUGCGCCGGCAUGCCGCUGGCCGUGGCCCUGGGCUCGGCCCUUGCUGAUGGGCUGGACCCGGCCAUCGGGGCCCCCGGGGCCGGGGCCCCGCCGCCCGAGACAACCGCCGUCCGGAGUCGGCGCCGCUACUGGAACGCCCUGGAGAGGCUGGCCGCCCAGGCGGCCGACGAGGUGGCCCCCGGCGGCCGGCGCCUGGUGGCCGACUGGGCUCGCCUGCGGGCGGCCCUGCGCGCGGGCGUGCGCCUGGCGCCGGCCGUCUUGGUCCCCCGGUCGCGGGGCGAUCCCUUUGCCCUUGGCGAAGUCCUGGCCCAGUGGGGCUGGCACCUGGCCGAAGCCGAGGGCCCGGGCGGCCGGCAACUUCGGCCCGGGCCCCAGGCCGCGGCCUUCCGUCUUGCCGGUCGCGGCCCCUGGGUGGCGGCCAGCCCGGGUCGGGGCUCGGGCCCGGCGGCCGACGCCUGCGCGCCCCUCUGGUCCGAAUGGGCAGCCUGGCUGGCGGGCUCGCCGGCGGUCGGGCUUUCCACCACCCUGGACCAGAUGGCCUCGGACCUGGAGGCGCAGCUCGGCCAACAUCCCGCCCAGGCACCGACACACGUGCUGCUGGUGAUCGGGCCGGACCAGGACACCGCGCCGCUGCUGCGCCUGGCCGACAUGCCGGCCCUGGCCGCCGGGAUGCAAUUCGUCGGUGGCACGGCCGAGGCGGUGGCCAUUCGGCCGCGGUCGCUUCCCCGGCCGGGCGCCCACUUCCGCGGGAACCGCCUCGAGGCCGCGCUGGACUUCGGCCACCUGGAGGAGGGCCUCCCCGCUGGGGGGCUGAUUCUCCUGGUGGAGGCUCGCGCGGCGGCGGUCCUUUUGCGGGAGCUCUCGGUGGCAGGCGUGUCGGCCGAGCAGUCGGCCGGAGCCAUCGCCGACACCCUGCACAAGCGCACAUUGCGCACGCUGCGGACCAUGGUGCACUUUGUUCCCGGCGCGACGGCCCAGCUGCCGGAAGCCGGGCGCGAGGCCAACAUGGCGGUCCUUUGUGGCCUGGCGCGCACGCAACAUCCGGACCCCCUGGCCGCCGGCUGCCGGUACAGCGAGCCAACUCGCACCCUCAUCCGGCACAUGGCCCUCCCGCCGCUUACCCCGGGGCCGGGGAGCGCCGGAGCCGCGGCCGGACCGAGCGACCUGGCGGACACCGGCCCCGGCGGGGUGUCCAUCCUGCCGGGCGUGCCGCUGGAUGCGCUGCUCGACUGCCCCAUCUAG